CCCAAUCUACCCCUGUGAUUGGACGUUGUCACGGUUCACCUCAAUAUCACAAUUACCGCCCUGUCCCGUUGAAACUUCAGACUUGAACACUGUUAGUUGGCUUUGCAGCGCAGCCAUGUUGGUCAUGCACCUGUAAAAACGAUCUACAUACUUGUAUCAGUUCGUCGAAGCUGGAGAAACUUAGAAAAUGUAGGAGGCCCCUUGGAACUGAACUCCCAAGUGAUUUUAGACAGAGCUAAGACGAUCUUAAGGUGUUGUGGAGCCUCACAGGAGACCAGAAUCUACUCGAAGUUGAAGAAGAAAGUUUCGGCCAAAUUUACGAGAGCAGUUUGAGUGGGUUUGCGCAACGCUACCGACGAUGAGUAACGUGGUGUACGUGCGACAGGGCCGGAACCGACCGACCGUUCGAUCGCGGGGAGCCCGGGCGCGUCCCAGGUCCUUAUCUCGCUCCCCGACCCGCCUAAUCCUCGCCCCGGCAAAUCGCAGCCAGACCCUGGAUGACAUCGGCGCGGGUCGCACCCUGCCCGGCCGACUGAAGCUGCAGGUCCGCGGACCGGCCAACGGCAUUCGGGCCGGCCCCAACCGGCGGUCCGACGGCAGCGAGGCCGGCGUCGCAGAUGGGGACCCAGACCAUUUCUCCGAGACCUUCUUUAGGCUCGUCUUCCUGGGAGCGACGCGACUAAAACACUCAGAACCUGGAAUCUUAGAGUUAAACGCCCUUGUGGAGGAGAUCAGAUGUCGCUCCAUGGUGUACAAGGAACGAGGAGUUGCCAUCCCUUGCUAUACCAUGAAUAUCAACACUAAGAACAUAGCACUUUUAGAAACGCAGACCAGAGAUCUUCAGCAGAUCCCUAUCAACCGAAUUCACUUCGUGGCAGCCGACCCGCGCUGUCCAAACGUCUUCUCACUUGUAGCCCGCGGUCGCGGCAACCGUUUCUUCUGCCACGUCUUCGAGUGCAGCAAUCACUGGCAGUGCGACUCAAUCACCAAGACAGUGUCGUUGGCGUUCCGCCUCGCGUACGAAAAGUGGAUGCGCGUGGAGGAGAACCAGCGCCGUGUGGAGGAGCGCAGAGCCCGGGAGAUGGACAUGGGUGGACUCGAAUACUUUCAGGAGUGGGAUGACCACGCCCCUCGCGGCAUGCCUCUCUACAACAUCUCAAGCUACUACAACUCAGGAUCGUCCCGUCCCCGACAGUACCUGCGACCCCACGACGAGAUGCCUCGACUGCCCGACCGCCUGAUUGUCUCCCGGGGCAAUAAUCGCGAGCCAGAGUCCGAGCCCUACUCGGUGCGGUUCACCUUCGACGAGGACGACUACGACGAUUCGCCUCAGGAGGAGGUGUACGUCCGACAAGAAGCUGGCGGGCGCCGUGGCCGACAGCAGCCGGUGGUGUACGACAUUCGCCCGGACUGGGAAUAGCUUGCAGUCAGAAUCCGUGACAAAAACCCAUAGGAUUUGAUUUUGAGAGGUUACAGAUUUGUUGGUGGCGCAAUUGUGUAAUGCACAACCUUUACACCAGGCUAAAGUUACCAAAAAGGGCAAAAAUUUUGUCGUUUGCUAUAGAAAUAAAAUCACCUUCCAAAGCUUUCUUCAAACGAACGUGUAGCUCAGCUCAGCUUGAUCUACAUGUACAGUACUUGUAUACAGUUUGCAGUGCAAGCUUUUGAAAACCAACGUCACAGCCUUGUUUAAAGGUGAGGGGUCCACAAUAUAUUCAGAAUAUUAUAUGUAAUUGUAUAAAAUAUGUACACAAAUAUUUUUGUCAUACUCGUUUAGAUUAGCCUUAUUAUGCUCGAAAGAAGACAUGAACAAAGUUUUUAUUCUUCCGUAAAGAUAGAACAUAUGCAAAGUAUACAUCAGUUCUGAAUAUACAUGUACUAGUAUACACCAUAAGACUGACUUGUAGUGAUUCACUUCUGUAUAAUGCGUUUCGAAGCUGCAAAUACAUAUAUGGUACCAAUCAGCGCUGCUUGAGCCCAAGAGGCCCUAAAGAAUUUACUCUGCUUCCCUUUGCGGGAAAUUGUGCUCUGAUUAUUCAAAUACUCUGUCGUCAGUUAGUUAGGUGCCAGGCUAAGACCGCAAAGCCACGAACUUGAGGCCGACAAAAGGUUUUUUUUACCGAAACCACUAUGAAUAAACAUGAGUGCACGUACUGACAAUCCGUUGGUACCCGAAUGCCAUUGGAUGGCUUCAUUUCGGUAUCAAUUAUUCAUUGCCUCACCCACUUCGCGGAACUAUUGUGGACGUUGUGUCUCUGGCUUCUUUGUGUUGUAAAUUGUGUUGGAAAUAUUAAGCAGUGCGCAAUUCCAUAAAAUUGCAUUACAGCCCUUCGAUUUCACUAUGAAUGCUUAAAAUCAGACGAAAUGACGUGUAUAUAAUACGUUGAAUACAGCUAGCCUUUUUUUUUUAAGUUAGCGUAAUGAAUAGCCGUAGAGGUACUACCAUUGACUAUCUGUUAUUAAGAGCAAAGUGUAGACCUAAGUAUUUGACACCUUGACUCCUUGAUGAAUUUGGAUUAAAACAAAAUGCACGAGACACAAAUUUAUGGGAUACAUUGAUGAGGACAACUAUGUACAAUGUUUUAGUGAAUACAUGUCAAGGACAAUUGCCGAUGGAUUCCUACAGCUAACUAUUGUAAAAGAAACUGGAGUAAAAAUGAAUUUAUGGAUUUACUGAAAACAUGCAUGCAGACGAAUAGUGAGACUUAAUUAUAACCGUGGAAGGACACAAGUCUAUGUUGUAUGGAGAUUAUGGAAAAAAGAAGUGUUGUAGGAAAAAAUCUCGAAUCUGUGGUAUUUGCUUGACAAUACCUAAUGGACUGCGUUUUGGAGUGUUUUCAAUUUUAUUAUAUUAAAGACGGUUUAUAAAAGGGUUUGUGUAACAUGUAUGAGCUGAGAUAUUUACCAGUAAUGCCGCGUUUUUAAAAUGUUAUUGUGAAUUAAAAUGUUUAAACGGACCCAUAGCGUCUUGUUAAAGACUUCAUGGCUUCAUUACCGAAAUAUUUGGACCAAAUCGAUCGUGCGAUUGAGGUCCGUACAUAGCAGUCGAUUCUCUUGUAGAAUUAUUUUGGGUGUACACAGAAAGUUGUGGGACUUGAAGAGAUAUGUAUAUCACAUUUGACGUAGUUUUCGAAAUUGUACGAUUUUCAGCAAAAAACAAUAUUAUGAAAAUAAGGAGAUCUUAUACGGGCUUCCAUCGAGAAUAAUGUUUGAAUACCAUUUUACCAGCACUGUAGUCUUCUCAACCAUUCUGGGCCCACACGUGUGAUUACAUUCACGCGUCAUAGUUUAACUCUUAGAUUUGAACAAUUGUACAUAUUAUAUAGUACGUGUAAAAUGCAUGUAACUAAGAACCUUAUUGGUGUAUCCAGAAGGGGGCGGGGCCGAUGUAUGUUGCCGAUUUUUCAAUUGAAAGCCUUAGCAUUACGAAAACGGUACUGUACCACAUGAUCUCGGAGGGUUUGGGGGUUCUUACACGAGUUGAAAGAAGGAGAAAUAAUUGUAUCCGCCAUCCGGACCUCAGACCUUGAUACACUAAUAAGGAAUUGUGAGAAAGAUCAAAGAAAUUAUAAAUCUUAUCCAAUUUGACGCCAUAACUGCGAUGGCACCGCGCUCACAUUCUUCAGCUUGACGCGUGCGUGCAUUCAGCAAAUCACGAUACCCUAUUGGUCAAAGAGGCAUGUAACGCGCGCGUACCACCUGUCCAUGAACGUUGUGCCGCCGCAGUAAUGGAUUCGAAUUCUUUGCCAUAUAAGCAGACUUUCUAAUUGAACCUGUUUAGGUUUCUUGUAGUUUUUUUUUUUUUGGCAUGUUAUUUUGCUCACUUAAAUAAUCUACUGGAAAAGCAAAACUAGAGGAAACGUUAUCUGGUUCAGGAAAUCAUAAAGCAUUGUAAGGAUUAAUGACCAAAAUAAAGGCAUAUAAUCUAAAAUAUGUUAUGUGUGCAAAACAGAGCGAUUUAAAUUUCAGAAGUGAUACGAUGCAAACACGGUUCGUGUGGGCCUACUUGAAUGUGUAACUCUUGUACCAGUAUUUUUAGCAGUCAAAAUCACACAUAUCACAUUCUUAAACCGAUCUAGUCAUUCGACAAAAUUCAGUGAUGGUAAUUUGUUCGGAUUCUCCUUCGUGUAGAAUAGAUCUACGUAUGGGAUCGGAAAACAUGUAUUCUGAGUGUAGUUAACUGGAGUUUUGCUUGAGACCUACUUUGUCUAGCUUAAAAGAGGUUAAAAUUAUGCCUUCAAAGCUUUGCUUCGAAUAAACAUCGCUCGGGUGCCAUUUUGAGCAUGGUUAUUGCAAAAAUACCAAUAA